GUUUGUCUUUGGGGUAGAGUUGGACGGUUCUUUCUUUUUCUUUCUGUGUGUAACUUACAGCUGAGAGGGCGGCAGGCUGUGGCCGGGCGGAAGUGACGGUCGUUUCACCUGCUGGGCUGUGCGGGGAAGGAGGCGGAGAGUGUCCGUUGGGAAUUAGUCACUCAGGAGCUGCUGGUGUCUAGGUGGCCGCCGACGGUUGCUCUGCUCGCCAUGGAGUCGUCGCCACUGCUGCGCUUGCUCUGGACUCUCCUGCUGUUCCGUGCAGAUCUGAGUGAAGGUGUAACAAUAACUUCAGCAGAACAAACCAUGAUAACAAGAGCCCAAGGAGAGAAGGUCACGUUGCCAUGUACAUUCACUUUUGGUCCACAAGAUACAGGCUCACUAGACAUAGAAUGGGUCUUACUGCAACCAAAUGAUGAGCAAACAGUCAUUAUGUACAAUGGAGACAGAAUUUAUGAUAAGUAUAAAAUGGAUGGACGAGUACAGUUUGUUAAUCCAAAUCCAGCUUCUGGAGAUGGUACUAUUGAUAUCCUGAAUUUAAAGGCAACUGACACUGGUACAUAUCAGUGUAAAGUGAAGAAACCUCCUAGUGUUCAGACCCAAAGAAUUCAGCUGACAGUACUUGUGAAACCAACAAAUACUGAAUGUUACGUUGAAGGAUCUCAGGAGAUUGGAACUGAUCUUACUCUGAAAUGUAGAUCUAAAGAAGGGUCUCCCAUCAUUUCCUACUAUUGGAAGAAAGGCACUGGUACUGAGGAACUUCCAGCCACCUCAAUAUCAAAUACAGAUACAGGUGAUCUUUUGGUGAAGAAUGCUUCUCAGAUUUACUCUGGCAUGUACAUAUGUACAGCUUCAAACAGAGUUGGUACAGAUGAAUGUUCUCUUGAGCUGAACGUGACCCCUCCUACAAAUAGAGCUGGUAGAAUUGCUGGAGCAAUCAUAGGCACUUUGCUGGGUCUCUUGUUACUGGCUUUUUUCAUCUUCUGUUGCCUCAAGAAACAAAGAGAAAAGAAAUAUGAAAAAGAAGUACAUCAUGAUAUCAGAGAGGAUGUUCCUCCUCCAAAGAGUCGUGCUUCAACAGCCCGUAGUUACAUAGGAAGCAAUCGUUCUUCUCUGGGUUCAAUGUCUCCUUCCAAUAUGGAUGGGUAUGCCAAGACGCAGUACAACAAAGUUCCAAAUGAAGAGUUUGAACGUCUUCCUGUUCAAACUCCAAACUUUCAACCACCAAAGGUAGCUGCACCUAAUCUAAGUAGAAUGGGAGCUAUUCCUGUGAUGAUUCCAGCGCAAAGCAAAGAUGGCUCAAUUGUAUAGUGUUGCAUUAAUUUAGACCCUCAGCAGUUCAGUUCAAGCGGUAACUUGUUCCAGUUCUACACUUUUAAACAUAGAAUUGAUCUCUGAGCAUCAACAAGUGUGCUUGGUUCAUCAGCUUUGUAUUGUGUUUUGACCAUGUGCACUAAAUUCUGAAACUUUGAGAAGGAUUUGACGUCUGUGACUAAGCAUGAAACAGUGACAUUAAUUCCAAGUGGGUAUUUACUAAAUGCUUACAGCUGUGAGUUUUGGUUGAUUAGGAGACACCUGUCAACAUGAAGUAAGUGGUUUAGUGAUUGUAAGUUUUUGAAGUGAAUAAUUAAUCCCUGUUAUAGUGACUGAUAUAAUUUGUGUAAAAGUCUGGAAAAUUUGGGUUUGAAUUCUUGUAAUAUAGACUAUGAACUUUUCCCCUCAAACUUUUUUUUAUGGUUGUCAGUUGCAGUUAAUUAGAUGCAAUUAACUCUGUAUGAAUUUCAACGUGAUUUUAAUUGCUUAACCAUGUACCAAUAGUGAUGUUUCUCACUUAUUGAAGAUGCUAAUUUCUUAUGACCGUGCAGAUGAUCUGCUAGGUUGAUAUUGUGCUUGCUGGCCCUACAGCUGUUAACCUAUCUCUUUCUUUCGUGACCAAAUAGCAGAUUUACAUAUCUGCACAAAAUAGGUAUAUUUAAUUGUUCCUCUGCAAAGAAGAAAAGGCAGGUUUAAGUUUAAUUACUGAAUUAAUAUUUUGCAUCACAUAAGCAAUUUUGCCCACUCAGCAACCAAGCAUGUACUUGGGAUUUGAAAUUUUAUUUGGAUUUAUAUUUUAAAAAGGUGUUUGUGUGUAUGUGUAGUGUUUAAUGCUAAUUUUAUACAUGUAACUGUUUUGUACAAAUGGAAGAAGGGUAUUUUGUCUCUUGGCUUUCUUCUUAAAUUGUUAAAACACUGGUAUCUUCAAUGCCUCUUUCCAACCAAAUAUUUAAAAUUAUUUCUGUUUGUGGUAUUACAUUAUUUUUAUUACUAUAUGUGGGGGUGGGGGAGAAUCUGGAAGGUUAAGGGAAUUCUCAAAUUAAUCUUGGGUUUUAUCUGUCCUUUAUAAACUGAUGAAUUACUAGAAAUUUGUAAUUUAAAGCCUUAUUGGCAUUCCCUUCUCAUUUCAUAAAUACAGUAUGUCAGCUGUAGAUGCUUAAAUUGACACAAGCAUUACAACAUUUGUGUAUAUAAUUCACUCUACUUCUAGUGAAGUACAAGGUCUGAUAAUGCUUACUUAUUCUAGUUUAAAUAUAAUUUAUCUGUAUAGCUUUGAAAGGAUUAGUUAAGAAUCUGUGCUGCAAAUAUCUUUAAGUUUGUUCUGAGGGUUUCAUAUAUUAGUAUAGCUAGUAUUCAGGACCAGACUGCUUAAGGUCUUUUUCCUAAGUUUAUAUACAGAAUUGGAUCUUAAGGUUGUAAAUAGCUUUUGUUAUACUGAAAAGUUUUCUUUUUUAUAUUAUCUGAUGCUGUCAAAGAUACUUUUUUCAUCUGUGCCUUUCCAAUAAACUUUUAUGCUUGAUUUUAAA